AUUCUCCAAUCACCAUUCAAAAGAGUCGGUCAAACAUGCCAAAACUGAUUCGGUUCUUCAAAAGUUCCCCUUUCUUCUAGCAAGUAGUGACAACUGACAAACCUAGAAAGUGAACUGCAGAAAUGGCGCCAAAGGCAACAGUGAAGAAGAAGAAAUAUCCCCCGUCCGAUCCUCAUGGUAUGUUCUCUGGAAUGACAAUUUUCUUAAUCGAAACUGGUGUACAGACUCGCCGUCUACAGAUUUGGAAGCAAAAAUUGGUGCAAAUGGGGGCUAGUAUCGAGGACCGUUUUUCCAAAAGGGCCACCCAUAUUUUUGCCGUGAAUUUAAACUCACUUCUUCAGAAAGUUGAUCGUGAACAUUUGACAAGAUAUAAAGGAAAAGUUCUCGACUAUCAGUGGCUUGAAGACAGCUUGAGAGUCGGAAAAAAGGUGUCUGAAGAUUCAUACAUUCUAUCAAUGGACGCAGUAAACCAAGUGAAACUCAUUGAUGAAAAUCAUUCAAGCAACGAUGAACCAUCUCAACACAAGAAGAUCAGAAGCACUAUACAGGACUCCAAAGCCGUUAACUCAGAAGAAAGGGAUAGAACUUUAGACAAUACUCACAAUGAGCCCUCAGAAAUUGGUACUUCUAGUGCCUCCUCUCGCUCUGUAAGCCCAGAAAUAACCGGUCCAAUUAGUCUUGACGGCCAAAAUAAAGCUGUCUCCACACCUGAUGUGUCUUUGCUUUAUAAACCUCCUGACUUGAACAGAAAUAUAACUGAGGUAUUCGGAAAGCUUAUUGACAUUUACAGAGCUCUGGGUGAUGAUCGGAGGUCUUUUAGCUAUCAUAAGGCUAUCCUGGUUAUUGAAAAAUUGCCUUUCAAAAUUGAAAGUGCAGACCAGGUCAAGCACCUAGCCGGGAUUGGAAAGUCAAUGCAAGAUCAUAUUCAGGAAAUUGUGACCACUGGGAAGCUGUCCAAGUUGGAGCACUUUGAGAACGAUGAAAAGAUACGGUCAAUCAGCUUAUUUGGAGAAAUAUGGGGUAUUGGACCCGCCACUGCACUGAAACUUUAUGAGAAAGGACACCGGACCCUGGAUGAUCUAAAGCAUGAGGAAUCAUUAACUAAUGCUCAGUGGUUAGGCUUAAAAUAUUUUGACGACAUCAAAACAAGAAUUCCACGUCAUGAGGUUCAAGAGAUGGAAAGUCUUCUCAAGAAAGUCGGAGAGGAGAUUUUGCCUGGGGUAUUAAUCUUAGUUAUUUGUCUUAUUUUGGAUGCGCUUAAUUAUCACUCUCUUUAAAACCUGUUGCUCCUGACUAUAUUGAGUGCCGGUUGUUUAUUCUUCGAACUUGGUUUUAAUUAUCAUUUGAAGUCUUUUCUUUU